GUUUAUUCAGAAUCAGAAAGACAGAGUAUCCAAAGGGGUCUCGCUUAGUCAAACUCGUAAGAAACGUCUCUGAAACUUCCAAGGAGUUAAAAAACUUUCUCCCUCUCUCCCUCUUUUCACUUUCUUUUUAAAUCAUAUUUUCUGUUGCUAGAAAAUCGUUAGGGUUUCUUUUUCGCUCAACUCCCCAGCCCAGUAUUGAAGUUGUUCAGAUCGACGACGAGCUCAGCUAGCUAGCAAAUGUAGAAUGCCAGGCACUUGCAGCUUCACAGGUUAUAAAUCAUCGUAGCUCCCAUAGAAAUUGCAAACUCGAACCUGUUGGUUCUUACACAGUACAAGAAACAUGGCUUCAGCUGGUACAGCAGCUGCUCCGGCUGCUGAAAAUCAUAGUGGCAACACAAAGUUUGCUGAUAAGCUCCCAGAGGAAAUUAAUGAAAUGAAGAUCAAAGAUGAAAAGGAAAUGGAAACAGCUGUGGUGAAUGGCAAUGGAACUGAAACUGGCCACAUUAUUGUAACUACCAUUGGUGGUCGAAAUGGUCAGCCUAAACAGACCAUAAGUUACAUGGCAGAGCGUGUUGUUGGGCAAGGCUCAUUUGGUAUUGUAUUUCAGGCUAAAUGCCUUGAAACUGGAGAAACUGUUGCAAUCAAGAAGGUUUUGCAGGACAAGAGAUACAAGAACCGAGAGUUGCAAACAAUGCGUCUUCUUGACCAUCCGAAUGUUGUGUCACUCAAACAUUGUUUCUUUUCAACCACAGAUAAGGAUGAGCUGUAUCUGAAUCUGGUGCUUGAAUAUGUACCUGAGACUGUUUAUCGUGUGUCAAAGCACUAUAGCAAAGCCAAUCAGCGGAUGCCUCUGAUAUAUGUCAAACUUUAUACUUAUCAGAUUUGUAGAGCUCUGGCAUAUAUUCAUGGAGGGAUAGGUGUAUGCCACAGAGACAUUAAGCCGCAGAAUCUCUUGGUCAAUCCCCAUACUCAUCAGGUUAAGCUGUGUGAUUUUGGAAGUGCAAAAGUCCUGGUCAAAGGCGAGCCAAAUAUAUCAUAUAUUUGUUCUCGUUAUUAUCGAGCACCUGAGCUUAUAUUUGGGGCAACUGAAUACACUACUGCCAUUGACAUAUGGUCUGUGGGUUGUGUUCUUGCUGAACUGCUUCUUGGACAGCCUCUGUUCCCAGGUGAAUGUGGAGUUGAUCAGCUUGUUGAGAUUAUUAAGGUACUGGGAACACCAACUCGUGAGGAAAUUAAAUGUAUGAACCCAAACUACACAGAAUUCAAAUUCCCCCAAAUCAAGGCUCACCCUUGGCACAAAAUAUUCCACAAGCGCAUGCCCCCAGAAGCUGUAGAUCUUGUGUCAAGACUACUUCAGUAUUCUCCAAGCCUAAGGUGCACUGCUCUUGAGGCCUGUGUCCACCCAUUUUUUGAUCAACUCCGUGAUCCUAAUGCUCGUCUCCCUCAUGGGCGCCCUUUGCCACCUCUAUUCAACUUCAAGCCUCAAGAGCUGAAGGGAGCAACUUUUGAGCUUCUGUCCAGACUGAUACCUGAGCAUGCCCGAAAGCAAUGUGCCUUUCUAGGUAUCUAGAUAAGGCACACCAAGGCAAAUUCGUUUGCAGCAAGACUGUACUAUUGUAAUGCUAGCGAAAAAUUAUGGACAUCCUAGUUUGUUUCCUUGAAAUAGUUCCAACACUUCCUUUUCAAUCUGGCACAUUACACGCUCGAAACUCCUGACUGACUAUUGAUUGGAUCAUGUAUGUACUAAGAUUUAUCAGACUUAAAUAGAAUCUCUCUCUACCUCCCUCCCGCCCUUUUUCUGUGCU